GACCACCACAAAAUCCAACCCUUUUAUGUCUCCUUCUCCACGAGCCACUCCACCUGUAACACUUCACCUUUCUAGAGACGCCUCUGCCUCGGUUUCUUAUAUACCGUUAUCCUCAUAUAUAUGUACUUUCUCAUAGUACCAGCAUUGAACUUCAUUGAAAAACAAAAUCAUAAAAAAUGGCUACUCUCUUCUUCGCUUCACACCCUUUUCUAUCUUCAUGCAAUCUCCCUAUCCUGCAAAACAACGAGAAACAUGGGUUUAACAAUGUUGGGUCGAGUUUUCCUACGAUUGUAAAGAAAACCCAGAGUUUUAAUCGUGGAAAUUCCCUUGAUUUCUCGGUUAAUCGUCACUAUCUAUCAUUAAAACCUCUGAGAUCCUCUGUUAAAGAUGAGCAAGAAACCGAGCUCACUUCUUCUUCGGGUUCCGUCGCGGUGGCACCCGAGGAUCCGAGCGAUGAAAAACACAGUGCGAAGAGUGUUCAAGAUGCUGAAUCGAGCGAAGAAAACGGAGAAACGGAGGGGAAAGAAGAUCAGCAAGAAAUGGACUGGAAGACGGACGAGGAGUUCAAGAAAUUCAUGGGGAACCCUUCUAUUGAGGCUGCGAUAAAGCUGGAGAAGAAAAGGGCGGAUAGGAAGCUCAAGGAACUUGAUAGGGAGAGCAGUUUUAACCCAAUCGUGGGGCUUUUCAAUAAGCUAGUGCGUGAUAAUUUGACUAGACAAAAGGAAAGGUUGGAGCUUGCUGAAGAGACUUUCAAGGCUCUUGAUCUUAAUAAGUUGAAGAGCUGUUUUGGAUUCGACACAUUUUUCGCAACGGAUGUUCGAAGAUUCGGAGAUGGAGGGAUUUUCAUCGGGAAUUUGAGGAGACCGAUCGAAGAAGUCAUUCCCAUACUCGAGAGAAAGCUAGCCGAUGCUGCUGACAGGGAAGUCGUCAUAUGGUUCAUGGAGGAAAAAACAAACGAUAUUACAAAACAGGCAUGUGUGGUGCAACCUAAAGCCGAAAUCGAUCUCCAAUUUGAGUCUGCUAAGCUGAGCACUCCUUGGGGAUAUGUUAGUGCAAUAGCCUUGUGUGUUACGACUUUCGGGACCAUUGCUCUAAUGAGUGGAUUCUUCCUGAAACCCGGUGCUACAUUUGACGAUUACAUUGCUGAUGUACUGCCUCUCUUCGGUGGCUUUGUCUCCAUUUUGGGAGUUUCUGAGAUAGUCACAAGGGUGACUGCUGCUCGUUACGGCGUUAAACUCAGUCCUUCUUUUCUUGUUCCAUCUAAUUGGACUGGCUGUUUGGGUGUGAUGAACAAUUAUGAAUCAUUGCUUCCGAAUAAGAAGGCUCUUUUUGAUAUUCCGGUGGCACGUACGGCGAGCGCUUACUUGACGUCACUAGCUCUUGCGAUCGCUGCUUUCAUAUCUGAUGGCAGCUUUAACGGUGGCGAUAAUGCAUUGUUCAUAAGGCCUCAGUUCUUCUACAACAAUCCACUGCUUUCUUUCAUCCAAUAUGUUAUCGGACCAUACGCAGAUGAGCUCGGAAAUGUAUUACCAAACGCUGUGGAAGGGGUCGGAGUUCCUGUUGAUCCCCUUGCUUUUGCUGGACUUUUGGGAAUGGUGGUGACUUCUUUGAACUUGUUGCCCUGCGGAAGACUCGAAGGUGGCCGAAUCGCUCAAGCAAUGUUUGGACGAAGUACCGCGACGUUGUUGUCGUUCGCCACAUCCCUCCUCCUCUGCAUCGGCGGUCUAAGCGGAAGUGUCCUCUGUUUGGCAUGGGGAUUGUUCGCCACCUUCUUCCGCGGCGGAGAAGAAAUGCCGGCGAAAGACGAGAUCACGCCACUGGGAGAUAACAGGUUUGCAUGGGGCAUUGUUCUAGGCCUCAUAUGCUUCCUCACUCUUUUCCCCAACGGUGGCGGUACAUUCUCCAACCCUUUCUUGAGUGAUCCGUAUUUCAGGGGCAAUCUGUAGAAAUAGGCCGUAUGUAUAUAUACCGUUGUACGUAUUUUGAUUACUUAACCACCUGCAAUUGUACUGUAUUUUUGUUUUGUUUCAUGUAAAUGGAAGUAAAGGAAAAUACAAGCAAAA